AUGGGUGGGAAGCACGUCGGGAUCAUCUUGUUGCGCUGCCGUUCCCCAGAGAAACACCCUAUUAGCGGUGGAGCUUGCGACCUGACCCCGCUGGGCCUGUCUGAUUGCUGGCUCCCUGCUCGCCAUGGACUCCAUCGCCUGUUUUCUUUAAUAUUAAAAGACCCCGCCAGGGGGGAGGACAAGCAAGCUGAUGUUUUUCUCCUAUAUAGUGUUUACGCGAACGGGCAGUUCAUGAACCCAGGGCCUGCCCCCAAACCUCCGUCAGAGAAGCCUCGCCUGGGCCUGAUGCCGAAUGUCAACCUCCCUGGGUCUAUGAGUUCCAUGAGCCUGAACUCCCCCGUCCCGAGCAACUACAGCGGAUCGACCAUAGCCCUCCCCAUCUCCCGACAAGGAUCCAACACCAUGGAAGGCGCCGGAGGACUCGCCAUCAUCAAGCAGGGCCCUGUUGGCCUUCCCAGCAAGAACCCUUUCCAGCAGUGGAAGCAGAGAUACCUGAUCCUGCGCAAGGACAUUCUGGACUUCCACAAGAACGAGAACGGCAAGCAGCUCUACAAGAUUCAACUAUCCGAUGUUGUAAGUGUUGGCCGAGUCGAAGACGACAACGGCGACCCCGUCUUCGAGAUCAAGCGGCACUUGACCAACCAGUACGUCGGGCCGCCAGGCGACGACGACGGAAAUGGCAUGAGAUCACUGCGUGUCUGCGUCAAGAGUGACGAUGAUUUGUACGAAUGGAUCGACUGCAUCUACGCCCGCUGCCCCGGCGGCGUCAGCAACCCUACCAACUUCUCACACGCCGUACACGUCGGCUUCAACCCUCACACCGGCCAGUUCACCGGGCUUCCGGAAGAAUGGACCCGACUACUCAACUCGUCAGCCAUCACCAAGGAGGAUGUCGAGAGAAACCCCCAGGCCGUGUUUGAGGUCCUCGACUUCUACUCCGACUUGGCCAAGCGCGCCGAGAACCCCGAGGAGUACCCUACACCCAUCCAACAGACGCCCUCCCCGAACAUGAUGCAGAAUGAUCAGUUUGGCUAUCCCAGCAGCGGGAGCUCGAUCGCGCCGCCGAGACAGACCAAGCCCAUCCAACCACAGCGUAGCCCCGCAUCAUACUCGACGACCCCGAACGCGCAAAUGCGACCGAACGAGCCGCAGCAACCCCCCAUGCAGCAGCUCCAGAACGUGUCACCAAAUUACAUCUCGGCCGAUCGCAUGCGGGAAGAACAACGAUACAGAGAAUUGGAACGACAACGAGAACAGUUGAGAGAAAGGGAGGAACAGGCUCGCCGGGAGCAGGAGGCUUAUAAUGCGUCGCUUCCCAAGACCAAGGUUCCUCUGGCGCAGCAAGAAAUCGGUGGUGGCUACGGCGCGCCACCGGCCACCGAUAGAUUCAACCCAUCCCGGGCUGCCCCCAAGGCUCCAGGACAGGGACAGGCCCUCAAGUCACAGAGACCAGCCCCGCCUCCACCAAGCAGCUCUGCUUCUCGCCCUCCCAUGCAACAGCAGCCCAGCUCUGGCCAAAUCCCGUCCGGCCAACAAAGAUUACCACCACGGCCUGAUCAGGCUCAACCUUCGCGGUACCAGAAUGGCUCGGCGGCUGCCACACGGCAACCACAACCUCAACCUCAGGCUUCUCGCCUGCCCGCCCCCGUGAAGCCCCUGAAUGUUGCCAAGCCAAAUAAUGAUGCCGUCAAGGCUGCCGAGGCCGCCCUGACAGCUAAGCCUCCCGCGACAGAGCGCAAGCAGGAUGUUCGCAUGUCGACCAUGUCUGAGAAUGAGGUUAUGGCCAAGUUGAGGGAAGUUGUGUCCAACCACGAUCCCAACCAGCUGUAUUCCAAGCAAAAGAAGAUUGGCCAGGGUGCGUCCGGGUCCGUCUACGUGGCCAAGAUCAUCUCGCAACGACCAGGCGCUCCGCAGGUGUCGCAGCUCAAGGCCCGCGGCGGUAGCGACCGUGUCGCUAUCAAGCAGAUGGAUCUGGCUCACCAGCCCCGCAAGGAGUUGAUUGUGAACGAGAUUCUGGUCAUGAAGGAGAACAAGCACGCCAACAUUGUCAACUACCUGGAUGCCUUCCUUAUGGAUAACGACAAGGAGCUCUGGGUGGUGAUGGAGUACAUGGAGGGUGGUGCGUUGACGGAUGUUAUUGAGAACAACCCUGUUAUUACGGAGGAGCAGAUUUCUACCAUCUGCCUUGAGACAUGCCAAGGUUUGGAUCAUUUGCAUGCUCAAAACAUCAUUCACCGCGACAUCAAGUCUGACAAUGUCCUUUUGGACGCUCGGGGUAACGUCAAGAUUACUGAUUUCGGCUUCUGCGCCAAGCUCACCGAGACCAAGUCCAAGCGAGCGACCAUGGUCGGGACGCCUUACUGGAUGGCGCCCGAGGUGGUGAAGCAAAAGGAGUACGGGCCCAAGGUGGAUAUUUGGUCGCUGGGCAUCAUGGCGAUUGAAAUGAUUGAGAGCGAGCCGCCUUAUCUGAACGAGGAGCCGCUCAAGGCGCUGUAUCUGAUUGCGACGAACGGGACGCCGAGGCUGAAGAAGCCAGAGAAGCUGAGCAAGGAGCUCAAGGCCUUCCUGUCGGUGUGCCUGUGUGUUGACGUCAAGAGCAGGGCGUCGGCGCAGGAGCUGCUGAAUCAUGACUUUUUGAAGCAUGGGUGCCCGCUGGCGAGUCUGAGCGAGCUGUUGGCCUUUAAGAGGGUGGCGAAAUGA